AUGCUCAGCAAGGCUGCAUCUCGUCUCUCUGGCCUCGCCAGCCGUAAAGCCAGGGUUGGCCCCUCGUUUCUGACGAAGCCCUUGCUGAAUGUGAGUCCACGUAUUCCGGCGACCACUGCAGCACUACCUAUUCUUGAACCCGUAUACCUCGCGCUUACGCCCUCUCUCAAGCGGGGUCGCUGGGACCAGCCUGCCGACAAAAGUGUUGCCGUCCUCGAUCCUACGGUUUUCAAGCAUCCUAUCCGACGAGAUAUCCUACAUUUAUGUGUCGUUCACCACCGAGAUUCUCUCCGUCAAGGCUCGGCGAAUACGAAGACGCGCGGAGAAGUACGCGGUUCUGGCCGCAAAAUCCGCCGUCAGAAGGGUUCGGGAAAGGCUCGUUUGGGCGAUGCUCAAAGUCCUAUGCUUCGAGGAGGAGGUGUCGCGUUUGGUCCGAAACCCCGAGAUUUUAGCACGAAACUUCCUCGAAAGGUCGUCGAGAUGGGUAUGCGCGUCGCCCUGAGCGCAAAACUCAAGGAGCGUCACUUGGGUGUCAUGACACGGCUAUACUGGCCCAACGGGAAAACGAAGCACCUCGCGCAGCGAAUUGAAGGUCUUGGCCUUCGGAAGACGCUCUUUGUGAGUGGUGAGCCAGUUGUACAUGAUGGCUUGGAGCGAGCAAUCAGAAACAUUCCUUUGGUCAAGCUUGUUCGGGCGAAGGAGGUCAACGUCUACGAGCUGCUGAAGUGGCAGAGAGUUGUGCUUGAUUCCAAAGCGGUAGACUACUUCGAGGAGAAGCUGAAAAGAGUUAACGUUCCAACCCUUCCUGUACCAGAGCCUCCUGCGCAAGAGGUAACUCAAUCUGUUCCUGUAUAA